AUGGAGAAAAGUAAUGGUGAGAAGAGACAGGCACUACAAUCUGUAAAUCAACAAAUAAAACACCUACAGGAUUCAAGAACCAACGAAAUUCAAAAGUUUGAGGAAGAGUUGAGCAAGAUGGCAAAGCAAAUGGUGAAUUCUAAAGAUGCUUAUACUGACAAGAACUUAUUGGCGAAAAUCGCAGGGAGAAAGUCCGAGUAUGAACAACUUCUUCAGAAAAGUCGUAAGUUAGAGGAAGAGAAGGUCAAUAUGUCACAGCGUUACCAGGAACUUGAGCAGAAAUCAACACCUGAAAUAGUUGAUGAAGAUAUAGACAGGCAAGCUGUGAUGGAUGUGUUUACAGAAGAGCAUAAUGACAAUGUCAAAACUUGUAAAACUAAAAGAAGAAAUAAAGUUCCAGAAUAA